GUUAGUAGAUUAGAAAACAAAAAGAAAAAGGUUGGAAUUAGUUUCCCUUCUUUUUUGCUUCUGAUUUAUGACUGUCUCCUAUUGUCGCCGCCAGCCUCAUUACCUCAUCGGGUCUUUCUUCUCUCGUUGUUUCCCUCUCCUCUCUUCCCUUACCAUAAACCUAUUUUCGACCAAAAACCCUAACCCCCUUCCUUCCUUCUUUGUUCUCUCUCGGUCUCCCGCUCCGUCGAUCGCCGAUGCUCCGCCGCCGACCAUUUUUCUUUUCUGUUCUCUCAUAGCUUCUUCCUCCUCUGUGGCAUUUCUAGUUUCUCCCAUUCUUCUUCUCCAGAAAGAACCAACAGGUCACUCUUCCUUCUCCUCCCAGUUCUUACAGCCAUGUCUAACGUGUUUCGCAGAAUCCUUCUACUUAGAUCUCCAUCGCCAGUCUUUCCUCAAGGAUUUUCCCAAAGUCCGUUGAAAUCUCUCAGGUACUUAUCGACUUCUUCUGAGAUUGUAUCAUCUCCGGAAUCUGCUCCGUUGGCUUCUAAUGCUGUUCAGCUCAAGAAUAAACGGAAGGCUGUAAUUGCGUUACUUGCGGAUCAUGGAUUCUCUGAAUCACAAAUCUCUAGCAUUGACAAGAGGUAUCCUCAAAUUCUUUCUGCGAACCCCGAGAAAAUCCUAUUGCCCAAACUGUUGUUUUUUCAGUCUAAAGGUCUUUCUUCCCCAGAGAUUGCCAAAUUAGUAUGUUCAUUUCCUCGUGUCUUAGCAGGAAGUUUAGACAAUCGAAUUAUUCCAGCCUUUGAUUACAUUCAAGCCGUGCUUGGAAGUGAGGAGAAGACUCUCGCUUUCAUAAAAUACUUUGGGAGUAUUCUCACUCAUGAUCUUCGAAUUUCAGUUGGUCCCAAUAUUGAAAUUCUGAAACAAAUUGGAGUGCCGGAUUCAAAUAUUUUAAAAUAUUUUCAGUACCAGCCUAGAGUGUUCUCGAGAAAUUCCAUCCGAUUCAAGGAGACUGUAGAGAGAGUUACGGAAAUGGGAUUCAACCCUCAACGGUUGCAGUUUCUUGUUGCUGUUUUUGCUCUGCGAGCAAUGACCAAAUCUACAUGGGAUAAGAAGGUUGAAGUUUAUAGGAAAUGGGGAUUGUCUGAAGAAGAGAUCUGUUUGGCUUUUAAAAGGCAUCCAUGGUGUAUGAUGGUUUCUGAGGAUAAGAUUAAUGGUGCAAUGGAUUUUUUUGUCAACAAAAUUGGAUGCGAAUCAUCUUUCGUUGCUAGAAGACCAGCUUUAAUUUCACUUAGUUUGAAGAAGAGGCUUAAUCCUAGAGGCUACGUUUAUCAAGUUUUGCUGGAAAAGGGUUUGAUUAAGAAGCAAACGAAUAUUCCUUUGUUCGUAAGUUCUUCUGAAAACCGUUUCAUAGACAAAUUCAUCAACCCUCAUAAGGAGAAGAUUCCUGGAUUGUUAGAGUCGUAUGAACAGAAAUUAAUGGAUUCUAGAAGAUAAACAGGUUCCAUUUCCUUGAAACUUAACUGUUUUGUUAGUUGAUAUGUGUAGUGACAACUAAAAUUUAUAUAUGUUCAAGAGUAUGUGUUUCUACGUUAUCACUUUUUUGGAUAUUGUCCAUUUGCUCAACAUUGUUGGAGUUAUAUUAUUUCA